AUGUCGAAAGAAGUUAUUUCUUUCUAUUCGAAUCUAAUUGGUACAACUGAUAACAUGGUCAAAGAUAUUGAUCCUAAUCUCCUUAAAGAUCUUCUCAAUUACUCAAUGCCAUAUGAAGCUUCAUCUAGCCUUGUUAAAGAAAUUACUAAAGAAGAAAUUCAGAAAGUUGUAUUCUGCCAAGGCAAUGAUAAAGCUCUCGGACUUGAUGGCUACACUCUUUUUUUCUUCAAGAACUCUUGGAAUAUAGUGGGUGAGGAUGUUGUUGCUGCAGUCAAAUUUUUCUUUCUCAAUACUCCAAUUCAUCCUGCUUUUAACUUUACUAUUAUUGCUCUUGUUCUAAAAAUUCCAAAUCCGAGUGCAGUUAAAGACUAUCGGUCAAUCUCUUGUUGUUCUGUUAUCUACAAAAUCAUUGUUAGAAGAUUGACAGAUUUUCUCCCCGAGAUUAUUACUCUGAAUCAAAAUGCUUUCAUCAGAGGAAGGAGCAUUAUAGAUAAUACCCUCCUUGUUCAGGAGAUGGUUAAAGGUUAUGGAAGAAAUUCAUUUCCCCGAGAUGCGCUCUGA